CAGAUAUUCGUGGAAUGUGUUCCAGGUUUGAACACCCUGGGGUCGCCCACUGUGGGUCGCCCACUGUGGCUCCACCACAACCAGAAAGUGGGUGGAGCUUUUUGCCAUGACAUCACAGGAGGAGAGGAGCAGUAUAUAAGAAGUAACAGAGUUCAGGCACCUCCAGGCAAAACCACAGCAGCACAUUAAACACACCUCUGUAACUGGAUACAUAGAAGAUCCUCCAUGCAGAGCUCCAUCCUUCAGAUAUCAGCCAUGACUACUCAGAGCAGCAUUCUUCUCCUCGUCACAAUUUGGGCUUCAAUGCAGGAUGGUUUGGGUCUUCCGGUGACGAAACAGCUGGAAGUGGAGGUCACUGAUGGUGUCCCAGCACACAAAGUGAGGACCAAACGCUGUGCCUGCAGCAACCUCCUGGACUCUGAGUGCCACUACUUCUGCCACCUGGAUAUCAUCUGGGUCAAUACACCCAGCAAGACAACAGUUUAUGGCCUUGGCAGUGCUUUGUCUCGAAGCAGAAGGUCCACCAGCCGUUGCGCCUGUGCCAACCCCGACGAUCAAACCUGCACCACCUUCUGCCAUCUCAGCUCCGAAGGCAAAUCUGUGAAGAGACAGCAGCUCCACAUACUCGACAUCCUGAGAGCUACAGUCAAGAAAGCUCCAGAGGCCCCUGAUUCAGGCAGAGAUGAGUCUUCUGGAGCUCAAAGGAAGAUCACUCGCUAAAGAGAGUGCUGAGGCAGUGAGAGUGAAAGAGAGCAGCGAGCACCUGAAAAAAUGACCCUCCAUUUAUAGAGAGGAGGGAAACAAAGGGCUGCUGAGAGACGCAUCCAAUGCAGGAAGGCCAAAGUGCCACAAAGGUGUCUGUUUGUACCCGCGAUGACAGAGAGGGCGAAAAAUGCGACAGAGUCCUGCAGAUGCAUGAUGGAAACAGAUGUGGAGGAUGAGAAUUGAUAGGAGCUACUAUCAAGUUCUGUUUGACUCAGGCUGUCUGGUUUUAAAGCGCAAUUGUCUCUGUGUCACUGUGCAAAUCUAAUAAUAAUAAGGCCAGACAAGCACUGAGAAAAGCCAUGGAAAGGACAUGCAUACUGUACAUGCAAGUACAGGAAUUUCUGGCUUACAUAUCAUAUUUAUUGUUUGUUUGUUGCCUUGUAUUUUGCAUUUGUCACUUAUAUAUUAUAGAUCAUAGAGUUAUUUAUAAAUAUUACUUUUGUUAUGGGAUACCUAAAGGAUUUUGAUUGAAAAUUACUGAAAAUAGUGUCUCUGUGUCAUGGAAUUUUGCUUGCAAAAGGAAAUAAAUUUGAAAUAUAA